AUGAGGAGCAGCUCCAAUAUCAACAUUGGUGUUAAUAGCAAUAGUAAUAGCAACAGCAAAAGCAACAGCAAAAGCAACAGCAAAAGCAACAGCAAUACAAUAGCAAUAGCAAUAGUAGCAACAGCAGUAGCAACAGCAGCAAUAGCAACAGCAAUAGCAACAGUAGCAACAGCAGUAGCAACAGCAGUAGCAACAGCAGUAGCAACAGCAGUAGCAACAGCAGUAGCAACAGCAGUAGCAACAGCAGUAGCAACAGCAGUAGCAACAGCAGUAGCAACAGCAGUAGCAACAGCAGUAGCAACAGCAGUAGCAACAGCAGUAGCAACAGCAGUAGCAACAGCACAACAGCACAACAGCAGUAGCAACAGCAGUAGCAACAGCAGUAGCAACAGCAGUAGCAACAGCAGUAGCAACAGCAGUAGCAACAGCAGUAGCAACAGCAGUAGCAACAGCAGUAGCAACAGCAGUAGCAACAGCAGUAGCAACAGCAGUAGCAACAGCAGUAGCAACAGCAGUAGCAACAGCAGUAGCAACAGCAGUAGCAACAGCAGUAGCAACAGCAGUAGCAACAGCAGUAGCAACAGCAGUAGCAACAGCAGUAGCAACAGCAGUAGCAACAGCAAUAGCAACAGCAGUAGCAACAGCAGUAGCAACAGCAGUAGCAACAGCAGUAGCAACAGCAGUAGCAACAGCAGUAGCAACAGCAGUAGCAACAGCAGUAGCAACAGCAGUAGCAACAGCAAUAGCAACAGUAACUACAAUAGCAGCAGCAAUAGCAACAGCAGUAGCAACAGCACAAUAGCAAUAGCAAUAGCAGUGUCAGUAGCAAUAGCAAUAGCAUUAGUAAUAGCAAUAACAACAGCAAUAGUAAUAGCAAUUGCAAUAGCAAUAACAACAGCAAUAGUAAUAGCAAUUGCAAUAGCAAUAACCAUAACUGCAGCAGCAGCAAUAACAAUAACACCUACAAUAUCAGUAUUAAUGUCAGUCAUACACAACAAUAUUAAUAGUGAUCUUGAUAGCAAUAACAGGAGCAAUAGCAAUGACAAUAUCAACAGCAAUAAAAAAAGCAACGACUGA